AUGUUUGUAGCUGCAGCUUUGCGAAUGUUCAACCGAGGCAGGCCCGAUGACAGGCCUCAGGUCCUUGUCGCUUUCGAAUACGAACAAUAUAACGAUGUUGAAUUCGACGAUGAAACGGACGGUUUAAUUAGCGGAGGACCAGGCGAACGCCAACGGAAAGUCCGAUAUCCGAUCGGAAGAUCCAGGUCGGAAAGUGGGAAUCGGAAGUUUUUCAGACGCCAAAGCUAUAUUCGAGUUGAGGAGUAG